AUGUGGCAGCUCGUCCGCCUGCUUGCGCUCCUCGCGCUUGCUCUCCUCCCAAUUGGCAUCGCGCGUGACACGCCGCAGAACCUCCGCGACUUCUACGACUUGGUGCGCGCCAAAGGACGCUGCUCCAACGAGCUGGCGACCGGAUUUUACAGCACCGACAAGGGACCGAACACCUUCUCCUACUGCGGCGACCACCUCGACUCGAGCGGAAUCAUCUACAUCCAAGGCCGCAACGGCGCGCUCGCCAACAUGGACGUUGACUGCGACGGCGCUAACGGCGGCGGCGGCGGGGGAGCGGCGGUAGCGGCGGACGACGGCCGGUGCCGGCCCAGCACGGCCAACUCGGACACGCAGGGCACGACGGCGUUCCGCGACGCGGUGGCGGGCUACAACAGGAACAUCACGGACCUCAACCCGUACGUGCACCCAUACGUGGUGUUCGGCAACGCGGCGGGCACGCGGCGCCGGCGCGGCUGGCGCGCGUUCGACCCGACGGCGUACGGUGUGCGGCCGCUCAGCGCGGUCGCCGUGGUCUGUCCGGGCUACCGGCUGUACUUUGGCGUGUGGGGCGACACCAACGGCGACGACGGGCCGAAGCCCAUGGUCGGCGAGGCGUCGCUGGCGCUGGCGACAUUCUGCGGCGGGCAGGGCGUCAGCGGGACGAACGGCAUCGACGGCAACGACGUCUUGUAUAUCGCCUUCCGGGGAGCGGAUGCCGUGCCGGGCCCCGACGGGGCCGAUUGGGCGGCGACGGACCCGGCGACGUUCGAGAGCAGCAUUGAGCCGCUGGGGAUGCGGCUUGUCGCGCGCGUGCAGCCCGGCGGCGACGCGUCGGAUGCGCCGUCGCGUGUGUUGAGCACGGGCAAGAGGAAAAUCGCUGUUGUUGUUAUCACAUUGAGUGCGAUGUGGUUCUGUUCAUAA